AUGGAAAAACUUUUCAGAAACCAGGAGUUGAAUGUUAGUGUAAGAACCGUGAGGUGGGGCGGUGAGGUACUCUUCUAUGCAAAAGACGUGGCAGAGUCCUUAGGGUACGCUGAUACGAAGAGGGCAGUCCAGAAACUUGUUAGGAAGCAAAAUAAGGUAAGCGUAUACGAGCUACGCAAGGGAGGCGAUUUGUCUCCCUUCAAAAAAUGUCACCCACAAAUGAUCCUGCUAUAUGAACCUGGUUUGUAUCAACUAAUAUGUACCUCAAGACUUCCAAUAGCGAAGGACUUUCAGGAUUGGGUAUUCAAGGAAGUCCUGCCAUCUAUCCGUAAAACAGGCUCAUAUGAAUUACCAAAUAGAAGGUCACUCAGACAUAACCAGAUGAUCCUCAUAAACGAAACGGACCUUCAUAAUACAGUUGUGAGUUACAUUAGGAAUAACCACCCAGAGGCUGUAAUAGUACCUGGUCUUGGUGAGUAUCAGGAUACGGUACCAAAAAGAUGUGAUGCCUGGAAGAAGGGCUAUAAAGGUGGCCAGCCUGAUCUUAUUAUAGAGAAUCCUAUGGGAUAAGUAUAAAGGAUUCGCCAUUGAAUUUAAGUCUCCUAACGGCACCGGGAUUACAAGUGAGAAGCAAGAGAUAUGGUUUGAAAAACUGAGGGGAAUAGGAUACGCAACAAUGAUAUCAGACGACCUAGUGAAAACUUGUAUUAGAAUUAACGAGUACUUCUCACUCAAGAAAAGGGUAAGGAAAGUUGCAGCGAAAAAUACAGUUUGUGACGUAAAGCUGUACAAACCAAAGUUCAAAUCACACAAGUACUAGUUUAGUGGCAUCAUACUUUCAAGUAGAUUUGAGACAUCUUACCAGUAGAUUUAAGUUAUCUCACCAGUUAUCUUACCAGUAGAUUUAAGUUAUCUUGCAAGUAGAAUUGAGACAUCUUACAAGUAAAUUUAAGUUAUCUUGUAAGUAGAAUUAAAGAUAUCUCAUAAGACGAAACCCAGUUAAACCUAAGGUAUCUUACAAGUAGAAUGGAAGAUAAACCUGAGCAAAUUCAAUACCAGUAACAAGCGAAAAGAAGAAGGACCCAAGAAGAGUAGCUGCAGGAAAACGAUUAGCUGCAAUCAGUAAAAUAGCAAAGGAGAAAAAAAAGAAACUGGCUGAACCUGGGGAGUCAUCUAGUAAUGACAGUAUGAUUACCUACAUAGGAGUGGCCAUUGCAUUGAUAUCUCUUGUGCUAGCAUAUAAGUCGCAUCAGAGGGAAACAAGGGAACUGGAACCUAAGUACAUCCCUGAAACUGUAGAAGUAACUAGGAAAGCUGAUGAGUCCAAUUUAGAUUCACUUGAAUGA